AUGGCGGACACCCCUUUGCAAAUCAUUGAGCAGCCCGCUCCUUCCGAGACCUCCGAGGAGCAGGUGGCCGAGGAGCUGAUUAAAUCAGAUCAGAUCAAUGGUGUGAUGGUGCUCACCCUUCUGGACAAGAUCAUCGGGGCGGUGGAUCAGAUCCAGCUGACCCAGACGCAGCUGGAGGAGAGGCAACAAGAGAUGGAUAGCGCAGUGGCCAGCAUCCAGGGGGAACUGACCAAGCUCACCAAAGCACACACCACCACCAGCAACACCGUGAACAAGAUGCUUGAGAAAGUACGCAAGGUGAGCGUCAACGUGAAAACCGUCCGGCAGAACCUGGAGAAGCAAGCCGGGCAGAUCAAGAAGCUGGAGGUCAACGAGGCGGAGCUGUUGAAGCGAAGGAACUUCAAAGUCAUGAUCUACCAGGAUGAAGUGAAGCUCCCGGCCAAGCUGAGCAUCAGCAAGUCUUUGAAGGAGGCAGAGAAGGAAGAGAAGGAAGAGGAGGGUGCGGAGGUGCCCGCGGAUGAGGACCAUGUGGACGAGGACCGCAUCCAGCUCUCCUCAGAUGAGGAGGUGGAGGUUGAAGAGAUCAUCGAGGAGUCCCGGGCAGAGCGGAUCAAGAGAAGUGGCAUGAAGAGGGUGGAUGACUUCAAGAAGGCUUUCUCCAAGGAGAAGAUGGAGAAGACCAAGCUAAAGACCAAGGAGAAUUUGGAGAAGACCAAACACAACUUGGAGAAGACCCGGCACAACCUGGAGAAGAGGAUGAACAAGCUGGGUACCAAGAUUGUAACCACUGAGAGGAGGGAGAAGAUGAAAACCUCUCGGGACAAGCUGAAGAAAUCCUUCACUCCCGACCACCCCGUCUACGCCAGGUCCAAGACGGCAGUCUACAAGGUGCCACCCUUCACCUUCUAUGUCAAGAAGAUCAGAGAGGGUGAGGUGGAGGUGAAAGCCACGGAGAUGGUGGAGGUGGGAGGAGAAGAGGCCGAGAACACAGAGCUGCUGAGAGAGGAGAGCCCUGAGAUGCACACGCUGCUGGAGAUCACGGAGGAGUCGGACGCAGUGCUGGUGGACAAGAGCGACAGUGAGUAG